GCGUUCGUACACAGACAACAACGUUCUUGCUAAAAGUAUCUUUUUAGUUGCAAAUACAAAACUCGCCGGAAACCAUACAAAAAUAUAUACAUCUAUAAGAUACAAAAACAAAAUUAAAAAUAAACAGCAAAAACAAAAAAUACAAAGUAUUGGCUUAAUACAAAAACAAUACAAUAUUUUUUUACUUAAAAAAUCUGAUUGUAUGAGAAUAUUUUAAGCAAAAAAAAUGAAAUAAAAAACAUUACUCUAAAAAAGUAUAGUCGUAUAAAACGUGACACUAUAUAAUGUUGACAAUCAUUCACUCAUUCACCAAGUGUAUCAAACGUUGUGUUACAAAAUCAUACAUUCUAUCAAUAUUCUUUCAAGGAUAAAUCCUGUCAACUGUAUUAAGGACUUUAAUAAUAUAACAGUUUAAUUGCAGUUUAAAAAAUAAUUAACUUUAAAAAUAGUAGUAAAAUUAAAAAAUUUACAAGAAUCUGUGAAGUUACCUAAAUUAAAAAGUUUUUAAACGUUUUAAAGAUAAACAAAAAUUCGUUAAUUAGUUUAAUUAUCUUUCUUGUAUUGCGGUUGCUCGUCAUUAUUUUUUUUGUGAAAAAAGUCAUCGCUCAGUGAAUGAAUUAUUUUCUUCGAUUCAAAUUUGUUACAAAGAACAACAAAGACUAAAUAAAUAAGAAAUAAACAAAAAUCAAGAAGAGAAAAAAAUAAAUAAAAAAAACCAAAAAGAUAAACAAACUGAACAAAUCUAAAUUUGUAUCGUUUAAAUACGUCUGGCAAAAUCAUUGUUGAUAUUUUGCUAUUACCACACUUUCUGAUCGUUUUUUUAUUUUGCUAAAAAUUUUCCCAUCUGGUUGGUGUAUUAAAAACCAAACUAAGUGCUCUAAUUAAAUUUUUAAUACAAUUUUAUUACCGUGAAACAUUUUUGCCAGUUUUUCUUCAUUAAUAAGACAACAUACCCCCAGCUUUAUCAUGGAAAUUGAAAAUCUUCCACAAAUGCUAAAAAAUAAUCGCACAUUUGCUGACAAUGAUGCGAUUAUGGUCGAAAAAAGAUAUACCCUGUCGGAUUUAUAUCCAAUUGCCAGACUUACCCAAAAAAUGGACAGUGUUUUAAAUGUUUCAUCCUCGGCCACCACCACAACCACACAAGUACCAAAAUCUGAAGAUUUGCCCUACACAGUGGAAUGUGUUAAACCCGAAGAUUCAGAAAAAGUUGUUGAAAUGUUAAAAGCAUUUUUCUUUAAGGAUGAACCUUUAAAUACGUAUUUAAAUUUGGGUGAAUGCAAAGAAUUAGAGGAAUAUUCCGUAAAAUGUAUAAAAGAUGGUUGCUCAUACAAGGCAGUGACGAAGAGUGGCGAAAUUAUUGGAGUCUUCCUAAAUGCUCUCAUGCAUCGUCCGGUGCCCAAUGCUGAACAUGAAAAAUCAGCUGAUUCAUGUGAUCAUCCAAAAUUCAGAAAAGUUUUGCAAUUAAUGGAUUUCAUUGAAGAAGAUUUCAAUGUCUUUGAUUUAUAUCCUGGUACCGAUGUUAUUAUGGAUGGUAAAAUUCUCUCAGUCAAUUCCAAUUAUCGUGGUUUGGGCAUUGCUGGUCGUCUCACCGAAAGCACUUUGGACUACAUGCGUGAACACAAAAUUCCUGUUAUGCAUGUUUUGUGCUCCAGUCAUUAUUCGGCUCGUGUUAUGGAGAAAUUGGGUUUCCAUGAAGUCUAUCGUCUAAAUUAUGCCGAUUACAAAGUGGAUAAUGAAGUUGUCUUUGCACCCGGUGAGCCACAUUUAACGGCCCGUAUAUUGGUCAAAGAAAUUGUUGACGUUAAGAAAAGUCAACUGUAAAAUGUUGAUUUUUAUUAGAUGUUUGAGAAAAAGAAAUAGGCACAGGGUACUUGUACUAAAAGCUUAAAACUAAAUGGAGUUAAAUGUAAGUACACAUGAUCAUGUACUUAUAAUUACUUU